GGCACUUCCAUGAGGUGAAAAUAACAUGUAAACAUGGCAGACGAAGUUUGGACAAUGCAAUGAGAAAGAACACCUAAGCCAACGUUUCGCCUUUUACAUGAGAUGAAAACUGCUAGUCAGCUCCUAAGGGAGGCUGAGGGUUUGAAGAGUCGUCUGAAUAAUUGUACCCAACUAGUGGGGAACAAUGAGGCCUGGGCUGUCCAACACCAACUUCAGGUGGUGUGUGGGCAGCUUCUGGUGCACUGGAUUGAGUCGGCCUUGGAUCAUGGGGUGGAGCGCGACCUGUGGAACCUGGGCUUUAGGAACACCAUAACACAACUCCAAGCUCAAGCAAAGGAUAAACAGGGAAGUUCAAGUGAGGUCCGUGAUAUGUUGAGUUGGUUCCUCAACUCGGCCAGUGGCUUCUACUUGCAGCUUUUCAAUCAAAUAUGCGCCGAGUAUGGCCUCGAUUUGCCAUUUCGAAGGAAAGACAGCAUCUAUGGUGCUGUAGAUCUCAAUGGGUCAACGCAGGGAAAGUCCAAAGCAAGCAGUCUGAAAAAUGCUCUCUACUUGUGCCAGUACUGCCUCGUGCACCUCGGUGACUUAGCAAGGUACCGCCAUCAAGCCAAACAAGCCGAGAACUAUUACAGGCAUGCUGUUAUGGUGGCCCCUACCAGUGGUCAUCCAUACAAUCAACUUGCCCUUUUGGAAGCUGGACGAGGUAACCGUCUGGCAGCAGUGGCGCUAUAUGUGAGGGCCAUGUGUGUGCCUUGUCCUUUCCCUGGUGCUCCUGCUAACCUUACUCAGACGCUCUCCAAAUUGUUGGCCUCCACUAGCAGCCGUGAACUGAGUGGGUCGACAAGAGUCACUGGAGAAGAGUACACCAAUCUCUUUCUUCAGUGCCAUGCCCAGCUGUACCUUCAUGGAGAUGCUGCCACUGCUCGACACGCUCUUCCAACCCUUUGCUCUGCCCUCUCGACUUUAGUUGCGACUAAUGCUUUCACCAGAACAAGUCUCAUCCAGAUGGUCCUGGUGAAUCUGUUUGCCCUAAACUAUUUUUCUGGAGCAGUUAAGAUUAAGACAAGUGAGGAGACUACCACCAGCAAGAAGGAUGAAGAGAAACUAGAAAAACCAAGAGAUCCUAAAGAAUGUGAUGGAUGUCUGCAUGUGGUGGAGGAGUUGACUGUGGGGGUGUUGGCAGCCCUUCUCUUGCCUGUGCAUACUAUCCGUGAUCCCGACCAGCUCAUGACGUAUCCAGCCCUCCCUGCAGUUCGCCUUUUGUUUGAAUGGGUUCAUUGCGAGAAUGGUAUGUUCAUGUCAGAGGCAAUGAAGAAUAAGCAGCAGAUUUGGCCAGGACUCUGCACAUUAGUCAACAACUUACAGCAGCCUUUAGGGUCUUUUGAUGCUAGUAAAUAUUCUGAGGUGCCAUUAGUGGAAGACUGGGACCUUCAAGGCUUUGAACCACUACAAAAAAUGCUGAGCAAAUACAAGUACCGUGAAGGUCUAUCUAAACCAAGUCCAGAAGAAUACAAUUGUAUACGAGCUUCCCGACUUACUGAUAUUGCAAAGUGGUUUGCAGGACAAGACAUUGAUGGAAAUUCUGUGAUCAAAAUUUGUGAAGGGAGUCAAGAUGCACCAGGUGGGUUGACAUUUGAACCAAUGAAGCACUCAAGCCCACCUGUUGAUGAAGUGCGUGCCCUUGAACAGCUCUCUCUACAGACCAAGCCUGAGGAAAAGUUGUCGGGAAAGCGGGGCAAAGUUGGUAUUCUGAAGCCACAGGGUUCCUUAGAGCGAGCGAGGGAGACGCGAGAGCAGCAUGAACCAGAGCUUCCAGAGAAGUCACUAAGGAUCACUGGAGAAAAUGAAGGAAUAAAAGAAUCAGGUGUUGUUGGUGGUGGUGGUACUAUUAUGAGCAUCAAGGUGGUAUCAGGUUCUGGUCUGUUACAAAGUUCACCCCCAGGUCAACCAUCACAGCAGCAGCAGCAACAACAACAACAGCAACAGCAGCAACAGCAGCAAGGCCAGGGACAAGGGCAAUCUCGGCCCCCACGUUCCCGCACCAAUGUGGCUCUUCAAGCAAUUAUGAAGAGAAACUCGGCCAUGCAGGAAGCCAAACAGGUAAAUGCUUUUUUGGGCAAUGGGCCAUCUCCACAAACUGUUUUGCAACAACUACAAUCAUCCACACCUAAUCAGUCAGACAUACUGACAGCAGGAAUAUUUAACAGACCACCUCUUGAGGGCUUCCAUCAACUUGGUGGACCAGUUCCACCAAGACCAGGAGUAGAUAUGCCUAACAGAAUGAGGGAGCCGGCUCCCAGAAUAUUGGAAAUGAUGGGAAUGACACGUGCACCUCCUUCAUUUGGACCAGUGGAAGGCUUAAAUAAUGCAUGCAGGAUGCACCCUCCAGGCACAGACGGCCAAGGACUAGAUAGUUCUCCUCGCAUGACUCAGGCACCAUUCAGGCCACAUCAGGGCCAGCAGGAAAUGGAGACAAUUACGACUCAGGCCAAAAUGAAUCCUGUAUCACAUCCACUGCUCUCGCCUGGAGCUAUGAAUGCCCAUCUUUUUGGUAUUGACGGAAGGCAGAAUGUCAGUGGAUCUAGUGGUCCUGGAGUAUCGGGUGGUCCAAGAAAUGUAUUUGGGGAAAGUGAUGUAGGACCACCACGAGGUCCUGGACUCUCACCACCCAUGGGUAUGGGCUGGGGUCCAGGGCAUAAUGAAAGCAAAAGCUACCACAUGAGUCACCCUCCUCCUACUUUGGCGAAUCUUCUGCAACAACAUGCUCAAGUUGAUAUGAGGCUCAACUUACCAUUAGAUCAUGGAUCAGAUCAACUUACUUCUGGGUUAGCCAGGCUACCUGGAGGGCCCUCUAUACACAACCCUGCUAUGAACACUCGCAGCCCUCCUGGUGUUGGCCCACUUGGCACUGUUCCUCUGAGCAUGCUCUCCAUGCCUUCCACUCAACCGCCAGGUUCCAUACCUCACAGUCAGCCACCCAGAGGACAACCAUUCAUGCAAGAGGGUGGGGAAGGUGAUGGACCAUCAGGCAACACAUACUCCCUCUUCAGUCCCAUGAGUGGAGGUAGCAUGGGUAUGGGUGCUGGUCCCAGCCGCUCGGUCCCUCAUCCUCUAUACCCAAGCAACUCGCAGCCAAGUGGACAGCAGUCAUUGUGGUCUGGUCCCGGCCCAUCUCCAUUGGAGCGUCUCCUUGAGCAAAAGAAGUAUAGCAAUGUUCCUAAGUGAGGCAAAGAUGGAUCAUGAUGAUGGAAUUAAGCUUAACAGAUAACACUUUGCAAUCCCACCGUGGGUUCUUGGCAGAGCAGUCAUCACCGUUUUUCGGCUGGCGAUAAGUGGAGUGGCACAGUUCAGAUGAGCUUCCAAUAUUGCAUAUAGCAUAGCUCACAGUGCCCUCUGUGUUACUUGCUGCCGGACAGGAUUGGGGUAAGCAGAUGUAGAGCUAUGUCAUAGUCUGGGUGACUGGGGCAUGUAUACGUAGAGCUCUGUAUUUAUAACUGUGAGGAGAUUGGCAAGGAAAAUCCCUUGAUGGCAGUUUACCGAGGCUCGAAUUCUCUGUGCUGUGAGUAAGAGCAUUAACUGUAAUUGAGGCGCCAGGUUUGGCUGUCUGUGCAGCUGAUGACUUGGCACAUGUCCAGUGCAUGAUGAAUGCAGCUCAGCCGUUUUACUCGAGAUAUUUCCCUCCCGAAACUCCUGUGGCUAAGGUCGUCUAUGUUCAGAUGAAAGUAUGUCGUGAAUAUUUGUAAAUUCCUCAAGAAUGUAGGGAUACACACUGAUAUGCCAAUCUUUUACAUAGAAUAUGUAUCAGACAGUUACUAGCCACAGACUGUAGGUCUUUGUUCUUCUUGGCCUUUUGUCAUAUUAUAGUCUCUAAUAUAAUUGUUUCAACAUUAAAGACAGGGUUUAGUUCAUGAUGUGAUUGGUUUGACGGCACAUAAUGCAGUUAUUACAGCCAUGUAAUAAUAGGACAUGAAAGUGCAGCAUUAGUACUUAACCAUAUUCAUUGGUUUCCUCAUUCACUAGUUAUUCACUAUACGGACAUAAUACUAUAUUUUGUUUUGUAAUGUACAUUCUAACUUGAGUGAAAUAAACCUUCCGCAAGUAA